AUGGAAAGAGAUCCCUUUUAUAACAAUGAGUAAUAAAAUGAAUUGCGACCCUAUAAGCCAAGUAAGUUUUGAAAACAAAAUAAGCGUAGGAAUAAACCUUCUUUGAGAGAUUUUCAUAUUCAUCCUUAACAUUCAAAACUACUGUCGUUUAAUUCAUAAUAUUCUUUUUAACUAUAAUUCACACAGUUUAUUUGACUGAAAAAUAUUUGGAAGACGAUGAGGAUGAAUCUGACAUUUAUAGUUUUGAAUGUGUAUUGUACACUUGGGGUUCAAAACACACUCCCUCAAUUAUAUACCGUUUUUAAUAUUGGAGAUUAGUCUGCCCUAUAUUUCUUCAUGGAUCCUUUUCACAUAUUAUAGGCAAUAUGAUGGUUCAAAUAUAUUACGGAUUCAUUUUAGAAUUAACGCAUGGAUGGAGAAGAGUUUCAAUUCUCUACAUAGUAGGAGGAAUAGGGGCUUCCUUAUUCUCAUGCGUUAGAUUUUAUUCUGAGACAUCUGUAGGAGCAAGUGGAUCAAUAUUCGCUUUAUUAGCUCUUGAGUUAAUCUAUUUUAUAACUGCUUUUCCUGGAAUUGAACCAAAAAGAAUUGUUGUAUUUAUUUUAUUAGCUCCCAUGAUUUUCUUAUCCUUCAUUGACGCUCCUCCUCAAGUUGACAUUGCUGGUCAUUUGGGAGGACUAGUUGUAGGAUUGCUUAUAGGAAUAGGAUAUGCAUUUGCAGAUGCUCAAAGCAAUAUGUAUUAUUACAUAAUAUCAAUAGCAAAAAAUAAUGCUAAUACAUUUUUUACGGUUUGGUUGGACUUUUGUUUAUUUAUAUUUUCACCAUCCUCUACCAGGCUAAAUUAGAAGAUGAAUAAAUAUGCUAAGGAAUGAAUAUUAUUUGA